GAAAUAAGAAAAGUGUAACAUCAGCAGCACCAUGGUUACAAUCAUAACUUAAUAGCCCACAAACCCAACCUAUAUUCUUCCUUUACUUUCUUCUCACCUUUCUUCCCCACCUUUUCUUUCCCUUCUUUUUGCUCCUUCACCCUCCAACUUUCUUCUGCACCACCACCUCAUCUUUGUCUAUGAGGCCCACAAACACACUCUACCACCACCAAUAUAUAUACUUUUAGUUGAUCUUGAAUCAUUAUACCACACAACAUUCAACAAAAAGCAAGAGAAGAGAAGGAGAAAGUGUUACAAAAGAAGUAGAACAAUAAAAUUAAAGAUGAAAAGGAGUGUAUAUCACUAUGCAAUUUUUCUCCUACUAAUUCAAAUCCUUUGCUCAGGUUCAAGUAGGACAGAAAAGGAAGCACAAAGAGAAGUUAAUGUACUAAAAAGACAUGAAGUGAAACAAGAAUUUAUUACUCACACAAUUUCUACUGUCCAAAAGGAUAUUACCACUCCAAUUACUACCAUUCCAACAAUUACAACACCUGAUCCAUUUCUCAAUCCUAAUUCCAAUCCAGACACAGUUUCUCCAACUUCAACACUUCCAUAUACCAAUCCAACCACAGUGAAUUCUUUUCCAAUCUCCUCAGGUUCAAGUUGGUGUGUUGCAAGUCCAAGUGCAUCACAAAUUGGUUUACAAGUUGCAUUGGACUAUGCUUGUGGAUAUGGUGGCACUGAUUGUUCAGCAAUUCAACCUGGUGGAAGCUGUUACAAUCCAAAUUCUAUUCAUGAUCUUGCUUCUUACGCCUUUAAUAAGUAUUAUCAUAAGAAUCCUGUUCCAAAUAGCUGCAAUUUUGGUGGAACUGCUGUUAUCACUAGCACUAAUCCAAGCACGGGAACAUGUCAAUAUCCAUCUACAAGUACAAGUUCAUCAAUCUUGAACACGACAAACUCAAGUGGUGCCAACGUCUUUGGUUCAGUGCCAGUGCCCACCAAUCCAUCUCCCUCUGCUGCCCCUGGCACAUUUAAUAGCUUUGCUGAUUUUUGUGUCAUUCUUUGGAUUAUAUCAUUUCUGGAAAAUAAUUUUUCCAUAAUCAUCAAUUUUGAAAAAUAUGGAUAUGAGAUUGAGAGCUACAUUUUGCUGAUUUAACGCAUUUUUAGGGAGACAACAGUACGGACAGGACAUGCAUAUACAUAGUAUUAAAGAUUGUGUUUUUUGUGUUUUCUUCAAGCGACAAACACCACUUAAAACUUGCACACAACUAUGAGUUAUCACAUUCGAACUCGCAUAAAAGUGUUUAAUCUUUCAAUAUCGA